AAUGGCUUGGGCGCGCAACGAAUUGGGCGAAGUUCACAGCCACUGCGUCUCUGGGAGUCAUCCACAGAGGUCACCUCAAGGACAGCCGCAAUGUUCUCAGCCGUUACCUUCCCAAGGCUUCUGGAGCCGGAAGUCCCUAUAGCGAGGGCGGGUCCCUUUUUGCACUGGGUCUGAUCCAUGCUAGCCACGGCGAUGACGUCACAGAUUUCCUGAUCGACCAGCUGCCACAGGUGGAAACCACCGAUUUGAUGCAUCGCGAAAUAUUGCAACACGGAGCGUGCCUUGGCUUGGGCUGUGCUCAAAUGGCGACGGGCAAUGAGAGUAUCUUUGAGGAGCUUAAGAAUGUGCUAUACAGCGAUUCUGCUGUCGCGGGUGAAGCUGCGGGUCUGUCGAUGGGUCUAGUCAUGCUAGGCUCAGCCAACGAGGCAGCUAUUGAAGACAUGAUCAACUACGCACACGAGACGGCGCAUGAAAAGAUCAUUCGUGGGCUGGCUCUAGGUCUGGCACUGAUCAUGUACGCACGUGAAGAGGAGGCUGAUUCGUUGAUCGAUCGCCUGAGUGAGGACAAAGAUCCCAUCCUACGGUUCAGUGCCAUGUACAUGAUCGGUAUGGCUUACAUCGGCACUGGUAACAACGCAGCGUUGCUUCGUUUGCUGCAUUUUGCGGUGUCAGAUGUCAACGACGACGUUCGUCGUGCGGCCACUACGUCACUGGGGUUCCUUCUGUUCCGCACUCCCAGACAAUGCCCGGCGGUUGUGUCACUGCUCAGUGAGAGUUACAAUCCACAUGUCAGAUACGGAGCAGCGCUCGCGCUCGGGUUCUCGUGUGCGGGUACAGGCAUGAAGGAAGCUAUUGGGCUGCUGGAGCCUAUGAUCAACGACGCAAAGGACUUUGUUAGGCAAGGGGCGCUCAUUGCCAUGGCCAUGGUAAUGGUGCAGCAGAGCGAACAGCAGACACCCAAGGCCACCUUUGUGCGCAAGACCUUCGAGAAGGUAAUCGCGGAUAAGUCUGAAGACACAUCGGCGAAGUUCGGAGCUAUUCUCGCCCAGGGUAUCAUCGAUGCCGGGGGUCGCAAUGCAACCAUUUCCUUAGCCUCAAGGACCGGGCAUACAAGCAUGCGCACAGCGACUGGGCUGUUGUUGUUCUCACAGUUUUGGAAUUGGUAUCCCAUGGCCAAUUUCCUGUCACUAGCCUUCACCCCCACAUCCCUAGUACUGUUGAACAAGGAUCUCAAGAUGCCUAAGGCGGAGGUCAAAUCAGACGCGAAGGCUUCGCUGUUCGCCUACCCACCUAAGAUGGAAGUGGAGAAGAAAGAGAAGAAGGAGAAGGUGUCAACAGCCAUCCUGUCCAUCACACAGAAAAUGAGAGCCAAGCAGAAGAAAGAGGGCAAAGGCGAGAAAGAGCCCGAGCCAGCACCACAGGAGGAGCCUAUGGCGAUAGACGAACCAGCUGCCGAAGAGGAGAAGCAGCCACAACCGACCGAGUAUCAAAUGCUGUCCAAUCCCGCUCGUGUUGUGGCCGCGCAACGCCAAUAUGUUCAUAUUGAAGGAGACAGGUACGAGCCUAUACGUGAACUGGCUGGUAUAGUGAUGGUAAAGGAUAAGACACCCGAGGAACCCGAGACACUGGUUGCCAUGACAACGCCACACGAAGCGGAUACAAAGGACGAGGAAGAGAAGAACGAAGCCGCCGCACCAGAGCCUUUUGACUUCGAUUCCGAUCUGGAAAACUAGAUAUUACUUGCUGAGAGACUAUAUUAGUAUCAAAAUUGUAGGAAUAAUCAGGAAUAUUAAAAAGAUUUUGAGCCUCAGAUUGGAG